ACCGGCGGCCAUCAUCUGUCCAUAAUCCAAUUUUUGUUUUCCUUUUUUUGUUUUCCACAUUCCGCUUAUCAACAUUAUUAUACAGCCGAGUGUAUUGCACUUUGUACCGGGUGGUGCAAAGAUAAUCGUGGAGUUAAAAACUUAAUAAGCGAUACUUGUGUGGAAAAAGUUCACAGCACAAUUGGCAGUUGAUUGAACCGGAUUGCAGCACCAACAAAAAAAAAAGUAAAACGAGUAGCAAAACAAAGAAAAUGUCUUCAUCGCAACAACAACAACUCCGCUUCGAUGGUCGUGUGGCCGUUGUAACCGGCGCUGGAGCCGGUUUGGGACGCGAAUAUGCUUUGCUUUUGGCCUCUCGCGGUGCCAAAUUGGUGGUGAACGAUCUCGGUGGCAGCCAUGUGGGCGAAGGAGCCUCACAGCGCGCUGCCGACGUUGUGGUGGAGGAGAUUCGCAAGGCGGGCGGCGAAGCUGUGGCCGAUUACAAUUCGGUCAUCGAUGGUGCAAAGGUCAUUGAGACGGCCAUCAAGGCAUUUGGACGUGUCGAUAUAUUGAUCAACAAUGCCGGCAUCUUGAGGGAUCGCAGCAUCAUUAAGACCACCGAUCAGGACUGGGAUCUGGUGAAUGAUGUGCAUCUGAAGGGCAGCUUCAAGUGCACCCAGGCCGCAUUUCCGUACAUGAAGAAACAGAACUUUGGUCGCAUCAUUAUGACAUCAUCGAACUCGGGCAUUUAUGGCAAUUUCGGACAGGCGAACUAUUCGGCCGCCAAGAUGGGUCAAGUGGGAUUGGCCAACACGGUGGCCAUUGAGGGUCAGAAGAAUAACAUCUACUGCAAUGUGAUCAUUCCAACGGCUGCCAGUCGCAUGACCGAAGGCAUUUUGCCCGACAUCCUCUUCAGCCAACUGAAGCCGAGUUUAAUUGCCCCAGUUGUGGUUUAUCUGUGCCACGAAUCUUGCACCGACAACGGCAGCUACAUUGAGAGCGCCGCUGGCUGGGCAACCAAAGUGCACACGGUGCGCGGCAAGGGAUCCGUGUUGCGUCCCUCCAUCGAGGACCCCGUCACGUUGGAGUAUGUGCAGAAUGCCUGGAAUCAAGUCACCGACAUGUCGCAAGCCAAGCAUCUGAAUGCCAUUGCUGAGGCAUCGGGUUCGCUACUCGAAGUGCUCGAGAACCUCAAGUCAGCGGACAAGGAUGCUGUCGAGGAUACUUUCACGUACGGCAAUAGGGAAUUAAUUCUCUACGCCUUGGGCAUUGGUGCGACCACCAAGAACAGCGCUGACAUGCGCUUUUUGUAUGAGAACGAUGCCGACUUCUCGCCAAUUCCAUCGUUCUUUGUGCUCCCCGGUCUGCUGCUGAGCAUGUCCAGCUCGUUGGUGGGCAAUGCUUUGCCCCACAGCAGCGCUGAUCUGACAAACAUUCUGCAUGGCGAACAGUACUUGGAGAUACUCGAUGAUCUGCCCACCAGCAGCACACUCGUGACCAAGGGCAAGGUGUUCGAUGUGAUGGACAAGGGAUCGGGCGCUGUCAUUGUGACCAACUGCGAUUCAUACGAUGAGAACGGCAGACAGCUGGUGAGGAAUCAGAGCGCUGUCUUUGUCGUUGGUGCCGGUAAAUUUGGUGGCAAAAAGGAACCCAUCGCUGGCGUUGUGCCAUUGAUUGCCACGCCCACUCGCGCCCCGGACGCAUCGAUUCAAUACAAAACGGACGAGGAUCAGGCGGCACUCUAUCGUCUAUCUGGUGAUCUGAAUCCCUUGCACAUUGAUCCGAAUUUCGCACGUCUCAGCGGCUUCAAGACACCCAUCCUGCACGGUCUGUGCUCGCUGGGCUUCUCGGUGCGCGCCGUGCUCGCCAAGUAUGCCAACAACGAUAGCUCCCUGUUCAAGGCGGUCAAGGUGCGUUUCUCGGGACCAGUUCUGCCGGGACAAACCCUCAAGAUUGACAUGUGGCAGCAGCAGCCGGGCGGUGCACGCAUCCUCUUCCGCACCACGGUCGUGGAGACGGGCAAGGAGGUCAUCUCGGGCGCAUACGUUGACUUGAAGGACUCCAAGGCCAAAUUGUAAACCUUGCCCCUACUCUUCACAUAAUUCCAUUCAAAGAAUGCUUAUAUACUUAACAAUUUAAUCCUCGAUUGGUGGUAGAUUAUGGUGCAAUAAGUAAAUAUGUUGUAUUAAUUGUUCCCCAGACACAUUUUUGAUUAUUAUCUAAAUAAAGCGAUACGUUUUUCUAAUAUA